AAAAGAAGCGAGCAGUAAAUGAGCAUUUGACGGCAAAAGAGUUGGAAGAAGCAGAGAUGGAGAUAAUAAAACUACAUCAAGAAAGAGAAUGGCCAGUGGAACUAAGGAAAUUGAAGACAUUGGGAACGGUGGAUCAUCAAAGUAAAAUAGCUUCACUACAUCCACAGUUGGAUCGAAAUGGCAUAAUGCGGGUUGGUGGAAGACUUGCUUUGUCAGAGCUGAACUAUAACCAAAAGCAUCCAAUAAUUAUUCAAAAGUCAAGAUUAGCGGGAAAUAUCAUUCGAAAUUGUCAUAUUCAAACGAUGCAUGGAGGAAAUCGACUUAUGGAAAAUAUACUAAGACGAAAAUAUUGGAUUAUUGGAGCUAAAAAUAGGAUAAAACUUUGCAUUAGGUGUUGUCCAAGAUGUACGCGCUUUAGAGGUGAAGUGCGAAAUCAAUUGAUGGGAAAUUUACCAGCUUACCGUGUCAGUAUAAAUCAACCCUUUCAACACUGUGGCAUUGAUUAUGCGGGUCCGCUACAAAUACGGUGCUCCAAAACAAGAGGAGUGAAGGCUAUGAAGGGUUACGUAGCGGUGUUCGUAUGCAUGGUAACUAAGGCGGUUCAUUUGGAAGCUGUCAGCGGACUUACAACGGAAGCAUUUCUGGCGGCGCUAAGGCGAUUUUUCGCGAGAAGAGGAAAAUCAACCGACUUAUAUUCAGACAACGGAACGAACUUCGUAGGGGCAGCAAGGCAGCUUGACAGAGACUUUUUGGAUGCCGUUAAAAACAACACGAAGUUAGCUCCCAUUUUGGAAAAUGAAAAAAUAAGUUGGCAUUUCAUUCCGCCGGCAGCUCCUCACGUUGGAGGAAUUUGGGAAGCAGCAGUGAAGUCCAUGAAAUAUCACCUAAAAAGAAUAAUUGGUGAUACGAAAUUGACUUACGAGGAGUUGAGUACGGUGCUAUCUCAGAUUGAAGCAGUAUUAAAUUCGAGGCCGCUACAUGAACUUGGAAGCGGUACAGAAUAUAUUGACACUUUAACACCUGGACAUUUCUUAAUUGGGCGUCCGAUGUUAGAAUCACCGGCGACUAUCGAUGAAGGUAACUUAGGAUGUCUUAAUAGAUGGAAACUGCUACAACGAAUUAAAAGUCAUUUUUGGAGCAGAUGGAAAGAGGAGUAUCUAACCACAUUACAAAACCGAAUGAAAUGGAAGAAACAAAAUAAUAAUGUGGAAAUAGGCAAUGUGGUGAUAUUGAAAAACGAAGAAACGCACGCGGCGCGAUGGCCACUGGCCAAGGUGGUAGAAGUCCAUCCAGGGAAGGACGGAGUUGUAAGGAUUGUGACAGUUAAAACACAAGACGGCGUGAUAAAGAGGCCAAUUAACAAAUUAUGUCCAUUGGAGCAUAUGGACGAGGAAUCUGAAGAAUUGCCCAGACAGGAAAAACAGGCGGAAAUUACACAUACUAAUAUGACAAGAUGUGAGCGAAAAAUAAGGAAACAACCAAUAACGUGGGCAAUGAUGCUGAACUUAUUUUUACUAAUAUCUACCAAGGCAUCAUCUGUACAUGAACUGAAUAGUUCGGCUGCGGUAUAUUUGGAUCCCAUGUCUCAAAUUCACAUGGUUUCCUCAUCAUGGAAUAUGGUUGUGUACUUUGAGCUGAAACCAUAUUUAGAAACAUUAGACCUGGCUUCCGAAUUGCUGAAAACAUCAAAAAGCUUAUGCCCACGACUUCAAACUUUUGAGGAGCAGUGUUGGUCCACGAUUAACAAUAUGGAACUCAAGAUUAAUAAGAUAAAGACCAACAAUCGAUUAUUCCUCAGAGAAGACAAUCGUCAAAAAAGAGGAGCUCCGUUGAAAUUUGUAGGUUCGUUUCAACACUGGGCAUUUGGGGUAAUGGACGAUGACGAUCGAGUAGCUAUGGAGAGCAAUAUGAAAAAUCUAUUAGCCAACCAAAAGGAUUUGAAGAAGUUAGCAAAACAACAGACAUCUGUAGUCGACGCUACAGUAAAUCUUUUAAGGAAAACCACAGAGGAAGUGAAUUCGCACUUUUCGGAUAUCAAAGGCAAAAUUGAGAACAUAAGUGCUACAAUGAAUGAGAAUUACUUCGUGUAUAGAGAAUCCAUACGAUUCUUUAUAAUAGCAAAACAAAUUCAUGAGCUUUUGGAAGAAUGUGACGAAGUCCAAAAAGAAGUUGUUGAUGCAUUAAUUGAUGUAAACAGCGGUAAGUUUCAUCCCGUCCUGAUAACACCCAAACAAUUACAAGCAGAGAUAGUAAAAAUACGAGAUGCUCUGCCUGAAAAAUAUGUACUGCCAGGAAAGCGUACGGGAAUGGAAUUAAAAGAGAUCUUACAUUUGAUGACGUGCCACGGAUCGUUUGUGGGGUCCCAACUGGUAAUUAAUAUAAAAAUACCGCUGUUCAAUCGGCAGUCAUCCCAGUUUUACAAAGUAAUUCCGAUACCAUUUGAAGAAGGAAAUACGAUAUUGAUAGCCCGGGUGAAUUCCCCGUACAUUGUAUAUAAUUUUGAGCUGGAUUCUUUUCAUUUCUUAACACAGCCUAUGCUGAAUGAGUGCAAAGAGACGUUGGGUAAGGAGAUAAUGUGCGAAGAGAAUUUUCCAUGGAGAGAUGCAACUACAAAUAAUUGUGAAUUAUCUCCUCUGAGACCGCACAUAAAACUAAACUGCGCCUAUGACGAAGUGGAACGAAUGCCUUAUUGGAUGCCAUUGAAACGAAAUGGCAAUUGGCUUUUUAAAACCUUUUCAAGUGCAACAGCUCAUUUGCAAUGCUCUCACAAACAACAGACGAUUAUGGAACUUCCAAAGCAAGGAAUUCUCACGCUGGAUGCAGACUGUACAGCGAGGAUCGGUAAAGAUGUAAGUCCGGACGAAAAAGAAUCAAUCAAACCCCUUGGAAAUAUACUUAUCAAUCAUCAUCAAGAAAUUGACGAGCUAAAGAAAUUCGUGGACAAGUUAAAGAAAGAAAAUGUGGAAUUGCGAGGCUUGAAGUUCCAUCACAUCUCAUCACACGUAGCUUUUAUUUUAGUAAUUAUAGUAAUAAUAAUUCUAAUUAUUUUAUUUAUAAGAAGACAGAAAAAAUUAAAACGCAUAACCGAAAUUCAAUUUCCCCGAGGCCAGGAUGUCUAAAUAAAUUAUUUGCCGCCCGGGAAAAUGUUCAUAAAACUAUGAACAUGAAAGACUGCUGCAAUAAAUUAGAUCGUUAAGUGAUUUAGGCUAUAAAAUGUUUAUGUAUUUUUAACCCAACAUUCUAGAGUACUUGUAAAUGUGUGUGCAUGAAAGAUAAGAGCAUAAGGGAUGAUAACACUUCAUGCUGCUGGAGACGCAUUGAUAAUAAAGAAUAUUCUCCCAUAAACAUGCGCUCAGCUGGGGAGUAAAUAUAGAUCACAGCAAUUGUGUGUUGCAUUAGGCCUAUGCAUAGAAUUAGAAAUGUCAAGUGUUUGUAGCCUUAAGUAGAUGCAUAAGAUUAAACCCCCCUAAGAUUUCUGUUGUGUACUAGCACUUAAGUAAUACAUUUUGUUCAAUAAAAUUAGAAUUAAACUGACAAACGAACAAACAA